GAGACUCAAACGGACAUGGUGGAGGCGGUGAAGAGGCACAUCCUCAGCAUGCUCCACCUUCAGGAGCGGCCCAACAUCACCCACCCGGUGCCCCGCGCCGCCCUGCUCAACGCCAUCAAGAAGCUGCACGUGGGGCGUGUGGGCAACGACGGCAGCGUGGAGAUCGAGGACGAGGGCCAGAGCCGAGCCGAGCAGAGCGAGCUCGCCGAGCAAACCUCCGAGAUCAUCACCUUCGCCGAGGCAGGAGAAACACCGGAAGCUGUGAACUUCCAGAUCUCCCGGGAAGGCAGCGACCUGUCCCUGGUGGAGCAGGCCAACGUGUGGCUGUUCCUGAAGCUGGCCAAGACCAACCGCAGCCGGGCUAAAGUAAGCAUCCGCCUGCUGCAGCGGCAGCAGCUCCAGGAUGGGCAGGUCCAGGAGGCGUCCGUGUCCGAGAAGGCGGUGGACACCCGCCGCAGCGGCUGGCACACGCUGCCCGUGUCGCGGAGCGUGCAGGAGCUGCUGGAGCGCGGAGGCAGCUUGCUGAACCUGCGGGUCUCCUGUCCCCAGUGCGCUGACCACGGGGCCGCGCUCAUCCUGGCCCAGCCGCCGGACCGGCAGGCCCAGCCGCAAUCCCAGUCGCACCGGCCCUUCCUCAUGGUGGUGGUGCGGCAGACCGGGGAGCACCCGCACCAACGGCGCAAGAGGGGACUGGAGUGCGACGGCAAGAUCCGCAUCUGCUGCAAGAAGCAGUUCCACGUCAACUUCAAGGACAUCGGCUGGAGCGACUGGAUCAUAGCCCCGCCGGGGUACCACGCCAACUACUGCGAGGGCGACUGUCCGAGCCACGUGGCGAGCAUCACCGGCUCCUCCCUUUCCUUCCACUCCACCGUCAUCAACCAUUACCGCAUGCGGGGCUAUAGCCCCUUCACAAACAUCAAGUCCUGCUGCGUGCCCACGCGGCUGAGGGCCAUGUCCAUGCUCUACUACAACGAGGAGCACAAGAUCGUCAAAAAGGACAUUCAGAACAUGGUGGUGGAGGAAUGCGGGUGCUCGUAAGGUGCUCGGCGCGCGGAACAAUCGCCCUGAGAACCGGUACAUUUUAAACAAUGAAGAAAACGGAGGAGGAGGAGGGAGAACAAGAGAGGAAUUUCGCAAUCCCCGUCCCUUGAAAGAGACUCGCAGAAGUUUUUUUUCUUUCUGUUCGUCCUGUUUUCUGGGACUGAAUGACGUGACGCAGAUUUGUUUUCAGUCAUUAGCAAAUCCAGUGGGUGUAUGUAACUCUGAGCGGUCUCUGUGGCACUUUCAGAAAAAAAAAAAAGAAUAUAUAAUAUAUUUUUGUUACAAAAAUAAGAGGGAGCGAGAAGGAGAGAAAAUAUUUAUGUGGCCGAGGUGCAGUGGUGUGCCUCCCUCUCGGCACUGCAAUAAAGAGAUACCGUGUGGAUGAGGUGCCUGACAAAUCUCAAAACUAUGCAACGUGUCAAGUAUUACGGUUUUAAGUUUUUCGUUAAUUUGUUUUGUUUUUGAACUGUUUACCUAUUCAAACAAAAAAGAGGAAGACUUUUUGAUACUUUUUUUGGAAGUAUGUUUCAUGUUUUUAUUGUUGAGAGAUACUUGAAAGAAACAAGUUUGACCAGCUGCUGGAGCCAAACACUUCUCUUAUAAUUAUUUUAAUUAUUGUUAUUAUUUUUUAUUAUUAUUGUUAUUAUUUUAAUAUUGUUUUUAUUUGUUGUUUUUCUAAAAGAAACGUUCUGAACGUUUACAAUUUGCACUAUACCAAUGUUCUAAUCAGCCUAGUCACAAUUAAAAACAGGUAUCGGAAGAAAGGGGAGCUGCACUUAAGAAAGGACAAAAUUAUAGAGCACAUUAGACAAAAUAAAGAGAAAAAAGGAAACAAAAUAUAAAUAUUAAUUUGAGUACACAUAUACACAUGUAUAAAUAUAUUACUUUAUUUUAUACAACACCAAAGAGUUUGUGUGAGUGUUGCCAAUUUUCAGUGUGAGGCUGUUUCAGUUAAGAACAUUUUUUCCUUUCACAAAGAUGUUGGGCUCAGUGAAGUUAUCGACUCCACAUUUUCCUCAUCACCACAAAGUAAUCACUCACAUUCCAUUCCCUUUCAGAUCCAAGUGCAUUGUUGUACUGGUAUACUUUAUGAGAGCAGCUCAUUGUUAAAAAAGCACUUAUGACCAACAUUGUAGUGGUGUAUUAAAAAUGAAUGUGCAACAAUUAUACUUAUAAAAACUUUUCAAAUGUUUUGAAAUACCCCAUAUUGGCAUUUUAUCAUUGCAAACAAGGAAUUUCUUUCUGUGUUGUCACUGAGUACUGGAGCCAACUAUUCUGCCCUAAGGCACACUUCUGCAUUAAUUUUCUUCCUGUUGUAAAGAGUUGUGUUUUCUGCUUCCUGCAUUCAACACUGUACCACUGUGCAAUGUCUAAUAUUAAGCAAUUUGAAUAUUUUCCAUACAAAGUUUGCUUUGCAGUAUGGACUGAAAGAAAUUCAAAAAUUACCAAGAUGUUCAUUAAUAAAUCAAGGAAAAUGGUGAAAAAAAGACAAAAAAAAAAGAAGAAAAACACUCAAAAAAAGGAAAAAAAUGUGGUUGUAUUUGUUUCCUUUCCUCAAGACAAACGAAAUGACACUGAAGAAAGUGUUUGGACUAAGACUUAAAACUUUAAAAAAGACUAUUUUUUAUUCUGUAUAUAUGGAGAUCCAGAUACCAUUAUGUUGCAUUGCUUUGUUGUACAAAUCAAAAUAAUGUGCUUGUGGCUAUGUUUUCUAUCUAAUUUAUUUUACAGUAUUUUUCGCUUCACCAUUAAAGCUAAAGGGUUGUACACUA